AUGUUGAUGUGCGAGAUUUACAGCAAAGCGGAUCAGACUUUGGUUUGGCUUGGAGACUUUCCCGGCCAGUCAAGUGCAUUUGACUUUGUGGAGGACAUUCUGGAAGCAUACGAGUCGGUUCUCGAGAAAGAUACUCCGGUAGUGGUAAAGGACGGUUCCUCUCUGUCGCGCCUGCUCGACAUGCUAGAAGAACCACUCCCAGAGCACGAUCUCUCGGCCAGGCAUGCCUACCAAGCUCGCCUUAUGGAGCUCUUCAUUUCGACCGAGGUUUUUAACAUGCCAAUUCAGCAAACUACUGGCGCUCUCGCUCGUUUGAUCUACACGGCCGAUGGGAUGAGAAAAUUUCGGGCAUUCACGAGCCUUCAGGAUUGCCAGUAUUGGCAAAGAAGUUGGGUUUGGCAAGAGAUGACUUUGUCCAUGGAGCCUAUUCUUGUGUGUGGCUCCAAGAGAACACCUCUGGCCGAUUACAUUUCCGCUUUCAGGAUACUUUCUGCUUGCUUCAACUCGAAGGAUUUCCCAAGACUGAAGGCUGAAAUACCCGACGAACUUCGGAUUUCACAGAGCCAGAUGUGGGUAGAUCAGAAGCCUAUGGUAUUGCAUAUGAUUCGAGAGGUCUGGUGGAAUUCGUCUCUCACCCUUCGUCAAGUUUUGACCUUCUCUCGACAACUUGAGUCAACAGACCCACGAGACAAGAUCUACGGCAUGCUGAGCAUGGUCUCCGAAGCAUAUUACAUUACUCCUGACUAUAGGGCCAGCAUGACACCAAACAGGUUAUUCCUACUUGCAACUAUUAGAAGUAUUCUUGUCGACGGUGAUCUCGAUAUCUUAAGUGACGGCCAAGAGACGAAUCGUUUAUCCACGUCCCAACACGACUUACCAAGCUGGGUGCCAGACUUCUCGGUAGUCAAUCAUCGCAAGCCAUUGAUACCAGCAAUACCUCCUGAAAAGGAGAAAUUAUCGAUGUUUCGCGCUACAUCAAACACAAGACCACAUGCAUCUUUUGCUUCGAACAAGCUGGGGCUCCCGACGGUUCUUCGACUUACCGGAAUUUUCUUGGGAAACCCUUUUCACGCAAAAGACUUAGGUGCAGUCAGCGGUAAAGGUGCGAUACAAAAAUGGAUCGACUUCUUAAUCCAACAUCGUCCAGAUGCCACGGAGGUUUGCUUGCCAAAGAGCCCAGACGAGUCCGUCAUGCAAUCUUGCUUUAGAAGCGCCAUGUUCGGGAUGGAGUUGUACGAGUUUGCCCCAUUCAUUGGCCAAGAUGCCACCCUUGAUACCAAUUUCGUCAGGCAGUCUGUCGUCGUGGACAUGGUCGGCAAAAACAUGGCACAGCUUGAAGAGCUACCGGAAUGGCGAUUCUUCUUCAUGGGAGCUGACGAUAUCAUGGGUAUGGUUCCGGCAAAGACUGCGCCAAGUCAUAGAAUAGUCUUUUUCCUUGGAUCCAAAGUACCACAUGUGGUCAGACCAAGUGCUGCCGGAUACGAACUGGUCGGUCCAUGCUAUGUACACGGGUACAUGCACGGGCAUAUUUUAGACGAGCAAAAAGUUGUCCGACAAGAAUUCGACAUCUACUAG